AGAUUGUGUAUGUGUCCAGCUAAUAUGCCCGUCUGGUUAAUCAGAUUCGUACAGCACAAAGUCGCCGGCAUUCACAUCCGCCGCUUGCUCAUCUUUCAGACUGCAGUCGCAAAAGUCUCUCGCGUCGAUAUGUCCCAUAUCUCAGGUCCGUCGGUGCUGCAGCUGUUGCUACUAUGGAUUACGCUCUGCACUAGCGCAGCUACAGCCUCUGGCCAAUCCGCUGCCCGGUACAAUGUGGUCAUGGUCAUCUUUGACGAUCUGCGCCCAGCUCUGGGUGUCUAUGGCGAUAGUCUGGCUCGAACGCCGCAUCUGGAUGCCUUUGCCCAAGGCAGCAACGUUUUCAGCCACGCCUACAGCCAGCAAGCGCUGUGCGCACCCAGCCGCAAUUCCCUCCUGACUGGACGACGUCCAGACACCCUGCACCUGUACGACUUUUAUAGCUACUGGCGCAGCUUUGCGGGCAACUUUACUACGCUGCCGCAGUACUUCCAACAGCACGGCUACUACACCUACAGCUGUGGCAAGGUCUUCCAUCCGGGUCUGUCCUCCAACAACACCGAUGACUAUCCCCUGAGCUGGUCUGCGCCCGCUUUUCAUCCUCGCACCGAGCAGUUCAUGAACUCGCCCGUCUGUCCCGAGCAUGGCGGAGGUGUGCUGCGCAAGAACUACCUCAUUUGCCCAGUGGAGCUGCAAACGCAGCCGUACAAAACUCUGCCGGACAUUGAGUCCGUAACGGAAGCCCUACGCUUCAUUGAUACACGCAAGCACAGUCGCCAGCCCUAUUUCCUGGCUCUGGGCUUCCACAAGCCGCACAUCAACUUUCGCUUUCCUCGGCAGUUCCUCGGCAGAUUUCCCCUCUCACAUUUCUACAACUACACGGAGGAUACACUGAAACCGCCAGACAUGCCGGAUGUGGCCUGGAAUCCUUACACAGAUGUUCGCUCCCGAGAUGAUUUCAAGCAUAGGAAUAUUUCAUUUCCCUACGGACCCAUUUCCAGGCACCAAGCGGCGCAGAUACGCCAGGCCUACUACGCCUCGGUAGCCUAUGUGGACGAUCUCUUUGGCAAGCUCUUGGCUGGCCUCGAUCUGGAGCGCACAGUUAUCGCAGUGCUCGGCGAUCACGGCUGGUCGCUGGGCGAGCACGCCGAGUGGGCCAAGUACAGCAACUUUGAGGUUGCCCUGCGUGUGCCCCUCAUCAUACGCAGCCCGGAGUUCCCUUUGGCAGAGCCUCGCAAGCGUCACAGCAUCACUGAGCUGGUGGAUGUGUUUCCCACGCUGGUGGACUUGGCGCAUCUGCCUCCACUUCCAGCUUGCAACGGCAGCGGGCUGGAGCAGCCAAGCUGCUCCCAAGGCAAGAGCUUAUAUCCCAUGCUGCAAGGCCUGGACUUGGGUGAGGACUAUGUGGCCAUCAGCCAAUAUCCCCGUCCCGGCAUGUUGCCCACCAAGCAUCCCAACAGCGACAAGCCCAAGCUGCGCAAUAUCAAAAUCAUGGGCUAUACCCUACGCACGAGUCACUAUCGCUACACGCUCUGGGUGCGAUUCCAUGCCCACAAUUUCAGUCGAGAUUGGCACAAUAUCUACGGCGAGGAGCUGUACGAUCAUCGUUUGGACUCCGGUGAGGAGUUCAAUUUGGCGGCGCUGCCGGAAUUCAAUUCCAUACGCCAACAUUUGCGCUGGCGUCUGAUCGAAGCCGUGGGCUAACUGAGAUUUAUAGUAGAACUAACUAAAAUAUAACUCAUUUGAAAUUAUCAA